UUUCAGUGAAUAUCCUGCGUCUUGAAUUCUCGGCUGCUUGUUUAAACUCCAUGCCUUUUCUUCUGAUGCGAUGCCUCUGUGCACCGGACUUGGAGUUGUUAAAGAAUCCAUUAGAGCUGGGCUCUGUGACGUACCGCAAAGAGCGAUGUGACUAACUGAUUACACUUUAACUCAACACAAUAAAGAAGGGACAUAACAUGCGGAUCACUUGCUUGAAAUCAAUAGAAUGUGAGAUAUAUUCAUUUGGUAUUGAGUUAGAAAAACCAACACAAAGUCAAUGGUGGCAAUAAUGUCAUGCUGUUGCUGAUUAAAGCCACAAGUCUCUCUGUCGUCCCCCUAUAAAUGAAUGAUGAUGUAUAUGAAUGGUUGUUAGUGCCACCCAGAUGAUGUUUGUGAUGGGAGCCGCCACCUCCCGGCCUGCCCCGGGUGAAUUGACGGCGGCUGAUGAGCGCAGCGCGGCCAAUGGGAGCGCAGCGGGGCGGAGAGCAGCGCACAUUGUACUACAGUGUAGUGGCUGCUGCUGCCGCUGCUGCCAACAGUGGACGCGUCUCACGCUUAAGUCUGCCGCUCUCCACCUUCCUCUGGUUAAUGGAUUAUACAGUUUCCCUCCAAGUGCAACACCAGCUGGCCGUGUUCCCGACACACUUCUAUCAGGGCUACAGUGUGGAGUUACAGAUGAAGUCAACAGAGGUGGACCAAGGGCUUUUCACAGACAGCUACUGCAAAGUGUGCAGCGCGCAGCUCAUCUCCGAGUCCCAGAGGGUCGCCCAUUAUGAGAGUCGGAAACACGCCAACAAAGUUCGGCUGUAUUACAUGCUACAUCCUGUGGAUGGAGGCUGCCCUGCCAAGAAGCUCAGAACAGACAAUGGCAGUGACGAGGGCGACGUGGACAAGAAUAAGUGCUGUACGCUGUGUAACAUGUCCUUCACCUCAGCAGUCGUGGCACAGUCACACUACCAGGGUAAAAUCCAUGCCAAGAGGCUAAAGCUGCUACUGGGGGAGCAGCCCGUCAUCACAACUAAAGAGGCGUCCCCCAGUCCUGUAAAGAGCUCCCCUGAAACAUCCCCCAUGACCUCCCCACGACAGCGCCGCGACUCAGACCGCUACUGCCAGCUAUGCAACGCCUGGUUCAACAACCCCGGCAUGGCUCAGCAACAUUAUGAUGGUAAAAAGCACAAGAAGAAUGCUGCCAGAGCAGACCUGCUGGAGCAGCUGGGCAAGACCCUGGACAUGGGAGAAAUGAAAGGUCUGAAGCGGAGCUACACCUGUGAAGUGUGCAGCGUCACACUGAACUCGGUGGCACAGUACCACGCACACCUGCAGGGCUCAAAGCACCAAAACAAUCUGAAGAAUCAGAUAUGUGUCCAGUGAGCGUGGGACAAAGAUAAAAACCAACUACUGGAUUGAUGUCAGACAAGCUGUGGUCAGCUUGCCCUGCUUAUUCUGCCUCUGCCCCGCUUCUGCUAUCUCCACAUCAUCUCUCUCUCUCUCUCUCUCUCUCUCUUUAACUCUGUCUGUUUUGGCCGCCUUGACAAGGAGGAAAAUAAAGAUUUUGUCAUGUUACACUCCAGCACUGUAUCAACUCCCAGCUGACAGUAUACAGUACAGUUUUGACAGUUUCUCCUCAUCGCUGGCUACUCUUAAACCAUUGACCCUUGACAUUCCACUGCAGCUGCAUCCUGUGUUUUUGAUCCACUGACAUGACAGUGGCUCUGGCACACUGCAGCCUUUCUAAACAUGCAUGGAUUAAAUUAUACUCUACUUUCCACGGGAUGCUAUGAGCUGUACGUGGAAUUUUGACUUGAGAAUAUGAGGGUCGUUUUCAACUGUUUUUGUUGAACAGUUGAAGUGGAACAUAUUUAUUUGAAAUUAAAAGAGAAAGACACACAGAUGUACAUUACAGUACUGUAUAUGAUUUAGCGUUGUGGGCUUUGUCUAUGAGAAAAUGCUUCUCUUUGCCCUCAGAUUCUGUAUAGCACACACAGUGCAACUUAACUUUAAUGCUUUUAUUGCAUACAUGCUUGCAGUGGAGCUAAAUCCCCUUACUGCUGAAAGGGGUUGAUGGCAAUAAUGACACUGGUUGGCCUCUUUCUGUACAGUAUGUUGGAAUGGUCUUAUCUUCUAUUGGCAGUGCUGAACAGUAAAUUACUUCUGUGGCUCAUGUAGUGCUUUAAGGAGACCAGUGGAACUGAUUAGCUACAUCAGCAUCUACACAGGACCAGCAAAUAGUUUUUAAAACUUUAAAGGAAUAAUUCUGGCCUAUUACAACCAGGCUUUUAUUUUGAAUGUUUUGGCUAUCAUUCCUAUUGGUAAUAACUCACCAAAUAAAUGUGUGAGCUCUGGGAACACAGUAAGAUCACCAAAAUAAUUCUAAUGGGGCAAAAAAGACAAGCAGUCCGAUGAUCCAACAGGUUGUGUCAUAUUUAUUUAUAAAAGUAUAAAACAACAGGAGUUGACCCAAAAUGUUUACAAUCAUGGCAAAGUGAGGGGAACUAUUGAAUAUUACUCCAUCCAUGAACUCAUCAAUGUCUUGUAUGAGUACAGGUUGCAGUAGCAGCGAGCUAAAUGGCCCAGAUAUCCCUCUGAACAUCCCCUAGUCCCCCAGGUCUACCUGUGGAAUUCUAAGCCCUUCCCACGAUUUAAAAAAAAGGGCUUUCCAGUCGAAGGCUCUUCUGAAUGUCUGCGAGACGUUCAUCCUGAAUAAAGCUGGACAUUUUUUCAGGGGACAUACACAUACAGGACUUUGCAAAGGUGUCAUGAUAAUUCAUUACCUAUGCUUGCAGAGGUGCACACCUGUGCAUCAGCCAAAAACGAUUUUGUUUGAAAGUUGCACAAAUUAAAAGUACAAAUGCACAUUUGUGUACAGGCUGCAAAAGCUGAUUUUCACCAGUAAGUCCAGAUUCUGUUGAGACAUUGAAACAUUUUGGCCACUGAUUCCACAAUUCCAUUCUUUUUGUCUUUACACAGUCUUUGGCCAUAGUUGUUCUGGUCGGGUGUUAAAUAAAGAGCUCAGCUUCCACUGGAACACAACUUUCUAUUACAUUGUCUGCAUUCCUGCCUCGAUCGUAAAUUGCAUCCAGCCUAAAGGGAGCAGUUCUUUGUUUAAUAACCUGACCACAGACUAAGAGGUGCUAAUGCUCAUCACCCAGUGUGCACUGGAGGGUCGCAGCCUGAUGUCACCAACAGAACUGAACAAUCUGCAAAAAGUAGAGAUGCAGUCCUAAAGGCCUCACUCAUCUUUGACCAAAGUGUUUGUUAGAUGGUCAAACGAUGCUCGAAACCCUCUUCCUCCACAACUCUUCUACAUCUGCAUUUGUGGAUCCGCUCCUGACAAUUCCUAACUUGACCAUGACCAUGCUCACUUUAAGCAGUGAUUGGCCAUGUGUGUUGAACUGAGUAAAGAUGGACAUACAUUGCGGGACUUUAAUUCCCCCAACGUAUCAUUCUGUGACGAAACGCCCCAAAAACAGGUGUCUGCAAUUUGACUGGAAGAUUUUGGUUAAGCUAUUUUCCAGGGAGAAACGGUUUAGGCUACUAUAAUGAAAAUUAAACACAGGCCACAUUCCUCUUACUUUACUUUACAAAAGCAUUUAUCUCCUUCUUAUUCUGUCUUGCUGUGCAAAUACGUCCAGCUAUAAACAUUUUCUACUACUGUUUCUGAUGCAGUGAGGGAAAAUGUGCUAAUUCGGGGGGAAUCGACUUAUGACUUAGCUUCAACUGUGGGAGAGCCUGACGAUGGACAACCAAAGUUUCUGACACGUCAAAAAAGGAUGAGACCAUUUGACUUUCCAUCGGGAGCAUCUGAUAGCUACCUUCUCUCCCUUGUACACUGCACAACAAGCGACACAUGGUGAGGCUAAAAAUCUGUCCAUCUCAAAAAUGUGUUGCACAACUUAGCAACUGCAUCAACAUUGGGCUGAAAUCGCACAGUGUAUGCCCACUUUCAGUUUGGUUUGAACUUGCUUACCAUUAAAAUGAUCUUGCUUCGCUAUUGGCUCAUUAAAGAGACGUCUGACGGAUCAAGUUCCUUGUCCCUGCUUGUUGUAGUCAUUGCUCCAUGCUCCCAGAUCUCAGCAGUUUGGUGAGGAUAUUGUGACAAUAACCAACAUUAUUGAUGCUGAAAUAUGAGAGUCCAGCUGAAUUAAACCAAAAUGUGGAUUAAUUCUCCAGAUUUCAACAGAUAUUAUAUGGUUUGAUUUGUUCCACGAAUCAGAAAAGAAAAUGGAAACAAUUUUUCUUUUCCAUCUAAAAGCUUCAUAUACAGUCCACUGUAUGUGAUCAGUGCUAAAGGCUUGGAAAUAUUCCCUCUGGUUAAGAUGCUUCAUUUCAGUAUGGUCUUCAUCUCAGGGAGGUAUAACUGGUUGUUUUAGUGAAAUCUAACAGUGCUGUUGAGAAUCUAACAGUCACACGUACUGAAUCCAUUCCACUAUGGAGCCUUGUCGAAUGUGUUGGUAGAUAAUGGAGUGAACCAUAAGUGUUAUGGUUUCACGAAAAGAGUCUUGGUAUUGUAGAGUGUAUUAAAAGGGUAAUUCAGCUUUAUAUACCCUAUCAGUGAAAAAUGUUAGAACACCUCUAUUUGCAAUCAAUUCCUACAGGUUCCCCAAUUUAGUGAAACAUGCCCUCUGAUACUUUAAGAGGAUAAUACAUCCUAUAGCAACAGAAUGAAGCAGCACACAGUUUCACAUGAUGGAAGAAGACCUCAGUCUCCAGACCCAAGGUCUUUGCACAGAAAAACAUUGGAUCCAUCUUAAUCCGGAGAAGCCAUCAGGAACAAGGAGAAUUUCAUCUUCUGAUCAAGGAGCUGAGAAAUCAUCCAGAAGUCUAUGUGUAGUCAGUGGUCCGGUUUGGUAUUUUGCCAGGACUGACAUCACACACUAAAAAGAAGAAAAAACAAUUUCCUGUGAUUCAAUUGAUCCUGAACAGCUCAAACCCUCUAGAACAACUUUAACAGAUGCAAGAAUGAUGGACGACAGAUGCAAACUUUACAUGCAAAGAUCUCUAAACCCCAAGGAGCAAGAAACAUCCUCCUGCAGAGCCAGAGAGCCCCUGUCCCCGCCCCUGUCCUUCACUGGUUUAGACCUACAUGCGUGCAACUUCCUGACCCACUAAGAAUCUUCCUUUUAACAUCA